AAUUUAUGAACCAGUUAACGUUAAAAUUAAAAAAUGUCGUCUCUCCCAAAACAAAGACCUGAAUAGACUCUCUCUCUCUCGAUCUCUCUCGUCAUAUUCGAUCCUCCAUGGCUGUUCUCAUCGUCUAUUUCUUGCUCUCCACAGUUCUAUACCAAUCAUCGUUAUGGGCUUUGGAGACCCAUUUGGAACCAGCGAUGGCCAGUGAGCUACUGGAAUCGGCGAGAGAGCCCGAGUUCUUCGAGUGGGUGAGAAGAGUCAGAAGGCAGAUCCACCAGUACCCAGAACUGGGUUUUGAAGAGGAAAGGACGAGUCAGCUCAUCAGAGACGAGCUUGACUCGCUUGGAAUCCAGUACAAAUGGCCAGUGGCCAAGACUGGAGUAGUGGCUUCGAUCGGAAAUGGGGAGCGUCCUUUCUUCGCUCUCCGGGCUGACAUGGAUGCCCUCCCUCUUCAGGAACUAGUUGAUUGGGAGUACCGGAGCAAGGUUGAUGGAAAGAUGCAUGCCUGUGGUCAUGAUUCCCAUGUAGCUAUGUUGCUUGGAGCAGCUAAGUUACUUCAUAGCAGGAAAGACACAUUGAAGGGAACCGUGAAGCUAGUUUUCCAGCCUGGAGAAGAAGGUUAUGCUGGUGCUUAUCAUAUGUUGCAAGAUGGUGCUCUUGACAACAUUGAUGGCAUAUUUGGUUUGCAUGUAAUACCAUCAGUUCCCACUGGUGUUAUUGCUUCGAGGCCAGGGCCAAUGCUUGCUGGUGCUGGGGUUUUUUGGGUCACAAUUCAAGGUAAAGGUGGGCAUGCAGCAACUCCACAUAAAAGUAGGGAUCCAAUUCUUGCUGCAUCAUUGACAGUCGUCGCUCUCCAACAGAUCAUAUCGAGAGAAACAGAUCCUCUUGAGGCUGGAGUGGUGACGGUUGGUUUCAUAAAGGGUGGCCAAGCAGCUAAUGUAAUUCCAGAGACUGUCAAAUUUGGGGGAACCUACAGAAGCUUGACUUCUCAUGGCUUGUCCUACAUCAAGAACAGGAUCAAGGAGGUCAUAGAGAUGCAAGCGGCUGUGCAUCAAUGUGAUGCUGUGGUGGACUUCAAUGAGGAGACUGCAGUGUCUUACCCGGUAACCGAAAACGAUGAAGCAUUGUAUGAACAUGGAAAGAAAGUGGGGGAGAUCUUACUUGGGGAAUCGAAUAUGGAGUUGUAUCCGGUGACCAUGGGAGCGGAGGAUUUUAGCUUUUACUCGCAGAGGAUGCCUGCAGCCAUGUUUGUACUUGGGACAAAAAACGAGAGUAUUAGUUCAGAUCAACCAUUGCACUCACCUUACUUUAUCAUUGAUGAGGAGGCAUUUCCAAUAGGAGUAGCCUUCCAUGCUACUGUUGCAAUAUCUUAUUUGGAAAGCCAUGCUGUUGCUACUCAUUAGAAGCUGGAUUUGAUUUCCGUUGUGUAAAGCAUAUGAAAAGGAAGGAAAGGUUGAGAACAAAAUGAGGAGAUCUAAAAGGAAAACAAUGUUGACUUGAUUAGCAAUAUGUUGUAAAUUGCAAUAUUGCAUUGUAAUAUAUCCUAUAUUACUGGGCCCCGCUAUCAUCCAACGGCCCACAUCCAUUUGUUGCAUAAAUUACGAACUAAAUCCAAUGCAAGA